UUUAUUUUUUAUUUUUUUUAUAAUUGGUGCGUUUUGGGUAUUCCUUAAUUUUCUUUGAUGUGGACUUUGUCCUGUUUGGAGUCUUAUGAGAAACCCAUCUUUUCUUUUAGUGCCUCUUCGUUUUUUUUGCCCUAUAAAUGACUCACCACUCACAAUUGUUUUAGACUCCCCCACCCAAUACUUUUCUGCCUCGGUCUUUAUGCAAAGCGACGAGAAGCUUUUAGAAGUUAAAAUGGAGGAAUUGGAUUCUCUCUGGACGUAUGAGGAGGCCAUCAAAGAGUUGAAGCAGAAUCUUCUAUAUACAACCAUUGAAUUAGAGUCACUGAAAAAAGAAGCAAGUGAAAAGAUACAGAAACAAAAGGAAGAUAUGAAGUGUUUGAUCAAUCUUCUAAGAGUUGCUUACCAACAAAGAGAUGAAGCAAAAGAACAUCUGCAGAUACUACUGAUCAACAAACUCAAGCCUUCAAGCCCUACAGAGCAUAAUCCAAUUCUUCCUCAUACCCAACAAGAAAAUCCACUUUUAUUGCCACCAAAAACAAACUCAACCAUGACUGAAUCCAGUAGCUUAUCUGAGACUUAUAAUAGUCAUUACUCACAUGGCUCCCCCCCCGUUGAUUCCCUUUUCAAUCCUGUUUCUUCGCCAGAUUUCUCAACCAUCAACGUAGUUGAUUCUAGAAAUUUUGGCACUUUUGUGAAUCAACCCUUUGUUCAGGACUCGAAUGGCUCAAACCCAUCAGGUUUAGUCCCUUCAGGAGUUCCUAAAAUUGAUAGAGCUACUGCUGUUAUUGAUGGUUUGGUUAAGGGAAAAUCUUUGCCUCAAAAGGGUAAGUUAAUGGAAACCGUGAUGGAGGCAGGUCCUCUGCUUCAGACACUUCUUCUUGCUGGUCCACUUCCUAGGUGGAGGAAUCCUCCUCCAAUGCAACCCUUCAAAAUUCCUCCUGUUACCAUCAGAAUUUCUGAGGCUGUGAGCAAAAAUUCAAAUGUGGCCGCUGCUGCUGCCCAAAGCUCUGUUCUUCAGAAACCAAUCAGUAUUCCAUCAACAUUUAAUUUGUCUUCACAAAUGUUUUCAGCAUCAGUGCCAUGUAAUGUUUCUUCUCGUAGUUCAGGCCAGAACAAUCUCUUGGUGUCCUCUGGUGCCUGCAUAAACAAUUUAGAGCCUAAUACCAAGCGACAAAGGUUUCAUUGAUGUCUAAACAUUUUUUAUUUGCACUUUUGUAAAAAAUCUAAUUCAGUAUUCAAAGGAGUAAACUGAAUACCCUUGCUUUUGGGUUUCAAUGGCAUAAUCAA